AUGAUGGACUCCCUUCUAACUCCUUCAUCUUCCUCCCAUAUGCAAACUCCGGCCACGUCUUAUGACCACGAAGACUUCCUUAACCACAUCUUUGCCUCCGCUCCAUGGUCCUCAGCCGACGAAACUCAUGCUCAUCCGCCUCCUCCUUCCGAUGGCUUCGUCGACUCUAGGAAUCACCAGAUCAUGAUGAUGCCUUUAUCAUCUCACCAUCAAAACGAUAACGUUGAUGGCUCCUCCGCCCACGCUCUUUACAAUGGCUUCUCCGCCACCGGAUCUCUUCCUUUCCACACUCCUCAGGGGUCGGGAGGUGGACUGAUGCACCAACAAGGCCAAACGCAAACGCAACCACAACAGCAAGGGAGUGCAUCUACAAAUACUGGUGGUACUGCGGCAGGACCGUCCCAGGGUAGGACUAAAGUCAGAGCUAGGAGAGGUCAAGCUACUGAUCCUCAUAGUAUCGCCGAGCGGCUACGGAGAGAGAGAAUUGCGGAGAGAAUGAAAGCUCUUCAAGAACUUGUUCCAAACGGCAACAAGACAGACAAGGCAUCGAUGCUGGAUGAGAUUAUAGAUUACGUCAGAUUUUUACAACUCCAAGUCAAGGUACUGAGCAUGAGCAGAUUGGGUGGUGCUGCUUCCGUUUCUUCUCAAAUCUCUGAGGCAGGUGGGCCCCACGGGAACGCGUCAUCCUCCGUCGCCGGAGGUAACCAGCCUACCGGAAACUCCAAUGACGGCUUGACGAUGGCUGAGCAUCAAGUGGCGAAGCUAAUGGAAGAAGACAUGGGCUCGGCGAUGCAAUACCUUCAAGGAAAAGGUCUUUGUCUCAUGCCUAUCUCUUUAGCCACUGCCAUCUCAACCGCCACGAGCCACACUCGUAACUCUUUGAUCCCUGUAGCUGCCGACGUCGGAGGUCGUCCUUCUUCUUCCAAUCUAUCCGGCAAGACCGUGCAGUCAACGAACACGUUGAAGUCAAAUAGCAACGGUAACGGCGUGACUGAUGGAUCGUCGUCUAUCGCCGUCAAAGAGACGGUAUCCAUUUCGAAGCCGUGA